GGAAUUGGCGUUCCGGACCGAGGAGGGUCGCGGGGGACUGGAGAAGGCCGCGCGCCCGCCGCUCCUCCCACCCCCCGCCUCGGCCCCGAAGGGGGCUGCACGGGCGAUUUGGCGGCGAUGGCUCGAGCUCGGGCGGCGACGGCGGUGGCCGGAGGCGGCGGCUCCUCCUCCUCCUGGGCCUGGGCCCGGCGGUGAUCCGAGCUGGCGGCCGCGGCCCCCUGAUGAGACUGUUGGCGGGCUGGCUGUGCCUGAGCCUGGCGUCCGUGUGGCUGGCGCGGAGGAUGUGGACGCUGCGGAGCCCGCUCUCCCGCUCCCUGUACGUGAACAUGACGAGCGGCCCCGGCGGGCCAGCGGCGUCCGCGGGCGGCGGGAAGGACACGCACCAGUGGUAUGUGUGCAACAGAGAGAAGUUAUGUGAAUCACUUCAGUCUGUCUUUGUUCAGAGUUAUCUUGAUCAAGGAACACAGAUCUUCUUAAACAACAGCAUUGAGAAAUCUGGCUGGCUAUUUAUCCAACUUUAUCAUUCUUUUGUAUCAUCUGUUUUUAGCCUGUUUAUGUCUAGAACAUCUAUCAACGGGUUGCUAGGAAGAGGCUCGAUGUUUGUGUUUUCACCAGAUCAGUUUCAGAGACUGCUUAAAAUUAAUCCGGACUGGAAAACUCAUAGACUUCUUGACUUAGGUGCUGGAGAUGGAGAGGUCACAAAAAUCAUGAGUCCUCAUUUUGAAGAGAUUUAUGCUACUGAGCUCUCUGAAACGAUGAUCUGGCAGCUCCAGAAGAAGAAAUACAGAGUGCUUGGUAUAAAUGAAUGGCAGAAUACAGGGUUCCAGUAUGAUGUCAUCAGCUGCUUAAAUCUGCUGGAUCGGUGUGAUCAGCCCCUGACAUUGUUAAAAGAUAUCAGAAGUGUCUUGGAGCCCACCCAAGGCAGGGUCAUCCUUGCCUUGGUUUUGCCCUUUCAUCCCUAUGUGGAAAACGUAGGUGGCAAGUGGGAGAAACCCUCAGAAAUUUUGGAAAUCAAGGGACAGAACUGGGAAGAACAAGUGAAUAGCCUGCCUGAAGUGUUCAGGAAAGCUGGCUUUGUCAUCGAAGCUUUCACUAGACUGCCAUACCUGUGUGAAGGCGACAUGUACAAUGACUACUAUGUUCUGGACGACGCUGUCUUUGUUCUCAGACCAGUAUAAAUACGUGGAGGCCUAAGCCUUCAGAGUCUGCUCUGGAGCCUGCCCUCCAGAAGAGGGGCUGUGUCCAGUGCUGUGAGGGGACUGCCUCUGGGGGCUGCCAUUCUCAGUAUGGUGUAGGAAUUUUAAAAGCCAAAAUACUAAUUCUUUCUUUGUAGUGUGUAAAGGAGUGUUUUUAAAAACAAAACCCCAACUCUUUGUGUAUUUUUAAUCAACUCUUUACUCAGAGUCACGCUCCAAUGCAGGUCACUCUCCAAUUAUGAUGGAAGAUAUUUUUUAUACUUAAUUGCUGUAGGGACUCAUUCCCAGACAAAGCAAUAGUCAUGAUGUCAUGGAACUGAUAAAUGGAUUGUUUUUAAUAAAUCAAGAUUGGCAAUAAAACUGUCCAUUGAAUUCCAAAUAUUGGUUGUAAGCUAGAGCCACUGAUAACUCUUCAUGUUUAGAAACUCCUUCUGUUACUAUUCAAAAAAUGUUUUUAAUCAUGCUAAUAAAUGUUUUUGGAGAUGA